AUGGAGAUCAAAUUAGACUUGCGAGGCGUUCUCAGACGCACGGAGCCUCAAGACAUUCCAUCCAGAUCACUAUCAUAUAGCGGCUCAACUCGGUUAACGACAAGAAGAUGCUGGACGUGCCGUGAACGCCGGACGAAAUGUGACGAACGGCCCGCUGCCUGCAGGAGGUGUGAGGAUGCAAAACUUGUCUGCGCUGGAUACGACAUUAGGUUGAAUUGGGCUGAGGGGGGUGAAUCAAAAACGGUCGAGGCCGGGUGGCACUCGAAGGUGCAUCAAACCAGGUCGGUCUAA